AUGGACCCCGUGGCGGGAACCUUUCUCAGGAUGCUGUUUCUUUUGUCUGCCCAGCCCUGGAGUACAUUAGCAGCAGGAAAUACUUAUAACUGUGAUGCUCCUUUGGCGUCCUCCUUGCCUCGGGCGUCCUUCACCAGUUCCUCAGAGCUGUCUAGUAGCCACAGCCCUGGCUUUGCAAGUCUUAAUCGCAGGGAUGGAGCUGGUGGCUGGUCACCUCUUGUGUCAAAUCAACACCAGUGGCUGCAGAUUGACCUUGGAGAGAGAAUGGAGGUCACAGCCGUGGCCACCCAGGGAGGGUACGGGAGCUCCGACUGGGUGACCAGCUACCUCCUGAUGUUCAGUGACGGCGGGAGGAGCUGGAAGCAGUGUCGACGAGAGGAGAGCAUCUGGGUAUGUGUGUCUGUUGAAAAGCAGUCUGUCACA